GGCACUGUGCAGCACUCACACAGCAGCUCUCCCACCGGACUCACAAGGAGCGGAGCAGAGCACCGCAGCACCGAGUAGCAGUCUGCACAGUGCCCAUCGCGACAGGCCCGUCCGCCCACCGCUGCUGAGAAGAGCCGUCCGACGGAAAGCGCUCGCCUCACCUCGUCUCACCUCGAUUCGGCUCAUCUCCCCUCACCACCCCUCUCUGCCGGGCAACCCGACGCCGCUGCCUGCUCGCCGCCGCCGCUCACAGGCCGCUGACCGCCGCGGGAUGGCCCCCACCAGCUUCGCCGUAGCCCUUCUCCUCUCCCUCCUCAGCCCGGAGGCGCAGAGCCAGGAGUGCAGCGGGCAGUGCCAGUGCGGCACGGAGCCCGGCCCCACCUGCCCCGCCGGCGUCUCCCUGGUGCUCGACGGCUGUGGCUGCUGCCGCGUCUGCGCCAAGCAGCUGGGCGAGCUCUGCACCGAGCGCGACCCCUGCGACCACCACAAGGGGCUCUUCUGCGACUUCGGCUCACCCGCCAACCGCAGGAUCGGCGUCUGCACCGCUCGGGACGGUGCCCCGUGCGUCUUCGGCGGUAUGGUGUACCGGAGCGGGGAGUCCUUCCAGAGCAGCUGCAAGUACCAGUGCACCUGCUUGGACGGGGCGGUGGGCUGCGUGCCCCUCUGCAGCAUGGACGUCCGCCUGCCUAGCCCCGACUGCCCCUACCCGCGCCGGGUGAAGCUUCCUGGAAAGUGCUGCGAGGAGUGGGUCUGCGACGAGACCAAAGAGCAGACUGCUGUGGGACCUGCACUUGCUGCUUACAGACUGGAAGACACUUAUGGUCCAGACCCGACAAUGAUGCGUGCCAACUGUCUGGUGCAGACCACAGAGUGGAGUGCUUGCUCCAAGACCUGUGGUAUGGGCAUCUCAACCAGGGUCACCAAUGAUAAUGCCUUCUGCAGACUGGAGAAACAGAGUAGACUCUGCAUGGUCAGACCUUGUGAAGCAGACUUGGAGGAGAACAUCAAGAAAGGCAAAAAGUGCAUUCGCACCCCCAAAAUCUCCAAGCCUGUCAAGUUUGAGCUGUCCGGCUGCACCAGCGUGAAGACCUACAGAGCUAAGUUCUGUGGUGUCUGCACUGACGGGCGCUGCUGCACACCCCACAGAACCACCACCCUCCCCGUGGAGUUCAAGUGCCCUGAUGGGGAGAUCAUGAAAAGGAAAAUGAUGUUCAUCAAGACCUGCGCGUGCCACUACAACUGCCCCGGAGACAAUGACAUCUUUGAGUCUCUGUACUACAGGAAGAUGUAUGGAGACAUGGCAUAAAGCCAGAAGGAGACGCUAACUAAAUUCCCGACUUGAACUGAUCUGCAUCUCAAUUUGUAAACAUGAUUCAAUAGCACAAGGUAUUUAAAUCAGUUCUUUUUUUUUUUUAAUUUCAA